AUGGGGCUUCGGCGGUGGAGGUCCGCCAAACGUUGCACCCGGCCUGAUGGAUGGAAGGGUAUCCGGCAACCGGCAGUGGAGCGGACAGCGGGCGACGGGCGGCGGGCGGUACAGAAAAGUCAAUUCCGCAGGCCUGCUUCCCCACCCCAGGCGCCGGAACAUCUUCCGGGCGUGGGCUUCCGACGCAGAGAGCUCGCCGCCGGGGCUAAAAUUGUAGUUGAAACUUUGGGUACAAGAUCGAGCACAUCACCACCACCACCACCAGCUGGACCGGGCGCCGCGCUUGGCACACGUUAUUCCCUACGUCUUCUCCGCCCAACCCUCCACUGCCGGCGCGCCGCAUCGACGACUUUUCGCCACCCCUCCCCGUCCUCGGCGCACGACGAGACGCACGCGACCGACCGACGACAGGACAGGACAGACAAUGGCACCGCUGCAGCUGCGAGCUGCUGCGCUGCGGCGCCUGCGAGUCGCCGGCCCCCGGUUGCCGGCGGCCGUGGCAACGCCGCGAUGCUACUCGACCGAGAUGGAGCCCGAGAAGCCCAAGGGCCAGCCCGCGGCGCGGCAGGGCAACGAGGCCAGGCUGGGGCGCUCGUUCAAGGGGCAGGUCAUGGGCAGCAUCGGCGCGCGACUGCGGCGCGAGAGGGAGCAGCGCGAGCAGUACGAGCGCUGGCGCGACAUGACGGACCCGUCGCCGUGGGCAUCGCCUACUACCUGGGCACCUACUGGCCGCGCGACCCGGAGCCGAGCUCGACCCUCCCGCUGUCCAAGACGCGCGACCCCAAGCACAACACCAAGCUCGAGAACAUGCAGGCGGCGUGGGCCGACUUUGUCAAGGUCGUGGGCAAGGACAACGUCAGUACGCUCGAGACGGACCUUGAGCACCACUCGACGUCGACAUGGUCGACGCACCAGCCCAAGCCCGACGAGAAACCCUUCUGCGUCGUCUUCCCGUCGUCGACGGAGGAGGUGUCCGAGGUGAUGAAGAUUUGCCACCAGCGGCGCAUCCCCGUGGUGGGCUACAGCGGCGGCACGAGCCUCGAGGGCCACUACACGCAGACGCGCAAGGGCAUCUCCAUCAACUUUGGCCGGAUGAACAAGGUCCUGGCGCUGCACAAGGAGGACAUGGACGUCAUCGUCCAGCCGGCCGUCGGCUGGGAGGCGCUCAACGACGACCUCGGCAAGGAGGGCCUCUUCUUCCCGCCCGACCCGGGCCCCGGCGCCAUGAUCGGCGGCAUGGUCGGCACGGGGUGCAGCGGCACCAACGCCUACCGCUACGGCACGAUGCGCGAGUGGGUGCUGAGCCUGACGGUGGUCAUGGCCGACGGCACCGUCAUCAAGACGCGGCAGCGGCCGCGCAAGAGCUCGGCCGGGUACGACCUGACCAAGCUCUUCAUCGGGUCCGAGGGCACGCUGGGGCUGGUCACCGAGGCGACGCUCAAGGUGACGGUCAAGCCGGCGUCGACGAGCGUCGCCGUGUGCGCGUUCCCGUCGAUCCGGCACGCGGCCACGUGCGUGAGCAAGGUGGUGGGCGAGGGCGUGCCCAUCGCGGCGGUGGAGAUCCUCGACGACAACCAGAUGCGCAACAUCAACGCGGCGGGCAUGACGUCGCGGACGUGGGCCGAGGCGCCGACCCUCUUCUUCAAGUUCGCGGGCACGCCCGCCGGCGUCAAGGAGCAGGUGGCGCAGGUGCAGGCGCUGGCGCGGUCGGCGGGCAGCACGACGUUUGAGUUUGCGCGCGGCAAGGACGAGCAGGACGAGCUGUGGAGCGCGCGCAAGGAGGCGCUGUGGAGCACCAUGGCGGCGGGCCGCGACGGCGACCGCGUGUGGACGGGCGACGUGGCGGUGCCGACGAGCAGGCUGCCGGCGCUCAUCGAGGAGACCAAGGAGGACAUGGCGCGGAGCGGGCUGAGCGCGUCCAUCGUCGGGCACGUCGGCGACGCGAUCCUCCUGUACAGUGACGCGCAGAGGCAAAAGGCCGAAAAGGUGGUGCACCGGAUGGUCAAGCGGGCCAUUGAGAUGGAGGGCACGGUCACGGUGAGGCAUUCUCGGCGAGCACGGUGUCGGCCUCGUCAAGAGGGACUAUCUGCCGCACGAGCUGGGCGAGACGACGGUCGAUGCGAUGCGCCAGGUAUCAAAAAGGCGUUUGAUCCGCUGUGUCUGCUCAACUGCGACAAGGUGGUGCGGAUGCAGAAGCCGAAGCGCGGCGAGGUUGAGGAGUGGUAG